AUGGCCAAGGCAGCUACGUACGCUAGGCACAGUUGUGGCUGUGCAGAACUGCACAAGAGCGCUUCGCCUCCACCACCACGAACGGAGAAGGAGGCGGCCAUGGCUAUGGAGGAAACGAGCAGGAUGACGGGCAGGGAGAAAGGUGGUCUUAGAACAAUGCCCUUCAUCUUCGCCAACGAGGUGGCGGAGAAGCUCGCCGUGGUGGGCUUCUCGACCAACAUGCUGACGUACCUCACCACGCAGCUGCACAUGCCGCUGGCGAAGGCCGCCACCACGCUCACCAACUUCGGCGGCACAUCCGCCGCGACGCCCCUGAUCGGCGCCUUCCUCGCCGACGCCUGCAUCGGCCGCUUCUGGACCAUCGCCGCCGCCUCCGUCGUCUACCAAGUCGGCAUGGCGCUCCUGACGGUGUCAGCGGCGCUGCCGCAGUUCCGCCCGCCGUCGUGCAAGCCGGGCGGCGCGGUGACGUGCCAGGAGGCCGCGCCGUGGCAGCUGGCGGUGCUGUACGUGUCCCUUCUCCUGAACGCGGUGGGCGCCGGCGGGUACCGCCCCUGCAUCGUGGCGUUCGGGGCGGACCAGUUCGACGAGUCGCGGGCGGCGGAGCGCGCGCGGAGCUGGGGCUUCUUCAACUGGUACUACUUCUGCAACGGCGCGUCCAUGCUGCUGGCCGUCACGGCGGUGGUGUACGUGCAGGACAACGUGGGCUGGGGCUGGGGCCUCGGCGUGCCGGCCUUCUGCAUGGGCGUCUCCGUCGCCGCCUUCGUGGCCGGGUACCCGAUGUACCGGAGGCUGGAGCCCGCGGGGAGCCCGUUCACGCGGCUCGCGCAGGUGGUCGUCGCCGCUGUCAAGAAGCGGUGGCUGCCAGCGGCGGACGUCGACCCCGCGAGGCUGUACGAGAACGACGAGCUCGACGUGCCCAUCUCCAUGUACGGCAAGCUUGUGCACACGGAUCAGCUCAGCUUCUUUGACCGCGCGGCGAUCGUCACCGACGGCGACCUGGUCACGCUGACGGACGCAGACUCCGGCAAGCCGUCGCCAGCCCCUGUCCCGAACCCGUGGCGCCUGAGCACCGUGCACCGCGUGGAGGAGCUCAAGUCGGUGAUCCGCAUGGGGCCCAUCUGGGCGGCGGGCAUCCUGGUGAUCACGGGGUCAUCGACGCAGCACACCUUCUCCCUGCAGCAGGCGAGCACCAUGGACCGCCGCCUGGCGCCGGGCCUGACCACGUUCCAGAUCCCCGCGGGGUCCAUGACCGUCUUCGGGCUGCUCGCCAUGCUCCUCACCCUCUUCGUCUACGACAGCGCGCUCGUCCGCGUGGCCCGCCGCUUCACGGGGCUGGACCGCGGCAUCUCCUUCCUCCACCGCAUGGGCGUCGGCUUCGCCAUCAGCGUGCUCGCCACCCUGGUGGCCGGCUUCGUGGAGCGGCACCGCAGGGACGCCGCGGCGGUGGCGGCCGGCGCCACGGACGCCGGCACGUCCCCGCUGUCAGCCUACUGGCUGGUGCCGCAGUACGCGCUGCACGGCGUGGCCGAGGCCUUCACCUCCGUGGGGCACCUCGAGUUCAUGUACGACCAGGCGCCGGAGAGCAUGCGCAGCACGGCGACGGCGCUCUUCUGGCUCUCCAUCUCGCUGGGGAGCUACGCGAGCACGCUGCUGGUCAUGAACCUGCUGUACUACGCCAUUUGCGCCAAGCGGUUCAGGUUCAAGCCUGUACAGCUCCACAAGGAAGAGGAAGAAGGCGGCAAGGCAAUUGUGGAGCUGCAAGAGAAGGUAGAUCAAGGAAUGCAGGGAGGUUGUUCAGGCAAGCAACCUCAUAAUAUUGUCAAUGGUCAAAUGACAGUUGACAGCUUUGUCAAUGGCAGUCUGGUAGAAGCUAUCUGGUCUGGUCCUGAGACUUGGCACAGCUAA